CCGCCACCGGCACCCGCAGCCCCCGCAGCCCGCCUCCAGCUCCCGGUUCAGCUCCUUCACUUCACCGCCGGGAGCCGCGAGGACGGAAGCGAAGGCUCGAGCCGGACUGCGCGCCAUGUUGGUAAACCGAAGCAGCGCUAUGGCAACGCGCGCGGAGCAUCACGGGUAAUAAAGCACGAGCGGAAAUGGAGAGUCGGAUGGAAUUUUGUGGUGAAGAAGCAGCGCUGCGCUCUGAAACUGAACCUUCACACACUUACAUUCAAUUUGAAUUCGCGGGAUCUUUUACUAAAAAGCUCUGGAGAGAAACGACAUUUAUUUUUGUUUCAGGAUCUCAGAAGAGUGAAAUUGAUGAAGAGAAUUUAUUAUUAUUAUUAUUAUUAUUAUUAUUAUGACAAGAUAUAGUUAGAGAGCUCGAUCCACACUCCAUACCAGUUGGUGGCGGUAAUGCACCAAAACGCCAAGAAGAAGAAGAAGAGCAGGAGGAGAAGAAAAAGCAGGAGGAGAAGAAGGAGGAGGAGAAGAAGAAGAAGGAGGAGAAGAAGGAGGAGGAGAAGAAAGAAGGAGGAGAAGAAGGAGGAGAAGAAAGGAGGAGGAGAAGAAGGAGGAGGAGAAGAAAAAGCAGGAGGAGGAGAAGCAGGAGGAGAAGAAGAAGGAGGAGGAGGAGAAGAAAGGAGGAGAAGAGGAAGGAGGAGGAGAAGGAGAAGAAAGGAGGAGAAGAAGGAGAAGAGGAAGGAGGAGGAGAAGAUUCAGCGGGAACUAUACGCGCACGUGUGUUGUAGCCGUUCAGUUGUUGAGUGACAGACAUCGCCAACGUCUAGCUGCUGCACGCGAACGCCGUCACCAAGCAGCCAUGAAUCCUGUGCCACGGUCGCGUGCCCAAUGCCCUGUGUGCAGUCGCAUUUGUGCUUCAGCUUUCGGACUUCGGAACCAUAUGUGAUCACACAAACGACAGCAUAAUGAGUCGUCAUCCUCAUCCUCGAGGGACUAACUACGAGAGAACCUCACUUUCUCGGUCUUUACGGGGAAAUAUCAGACCGAGGUCUUGACAGUACAGAAAGGCCAAGGUCUGAUAUUGUCCUGUAAAGACUGAGCAAGCGAGGUUAAUAAAGAGUUUAUUCUAUGGCUUUUUUAUUUCUAAGAUUAUAAUAGAUGGUCAUUAUAAUGAGGCGUGACGCUGCUUUCAGUCACGUCAUAUUUGUAAUGUAGUUGAGUCACGCGUGCAGAAUAAACACAUAGCGGUUUCAAAACUGAAUUUCUGUUAGCGGUUAGCACUUUAUGAAUGCUCUUCAUUGCUCAUUUCUUAAAUAACUCAGUGACUCUUAUUUGUCUUUUGUGUUUUGUCCGUUUCUGAUUCCGUUUUGAUUUCCAAUUAACCUUUUUUUGUUGUUUUUGUUUGUUUUUUGCAACAUUGAAAGCAAGUCCAUAAUCGCCCACGGGCAUUACGGGAAAAUACUGCUCACCAAGGAACCAAUCAGAGCACACAGUUUUACUGGAAGUAGCUUGUGCCAUAUAAUAAACUGAAUUAAUAAAAAAUUUUCGUUCAUCGCUUUCCUU